GUGGCGCGUGCUGUGACUGUAUGGGGUCAUAGAACGUAACCAGUCGAGAACGUGCAAAAUAUUUUUCUAUAUACUUUACUAUCUCUGAUUGAUUACUCUUUAAAGUAUUUGUAGUGCAAAGCAGGAAACUCGGACUGAGAUGAUAAGUCGACGGAAGAUUUUGUCACGCUCUAGGGACGACUUGACUUCCGACUUCGGCGUGGAAGAGGAGGAGGACGUCUGGUACCAGAAGGAUAAGUUGUUCAAGGAUCAUAUACAAGAAGUUCUCAACAAAUGGGACCAGAUCGACGACGAAAUUUGGGCAAAAGUGAUAUGUAUGGAAAGGAAUCGACGAGUAGCCAAGGCUUAUGCAAGAACUCCUGUCUUAACUGUUAAUGGAUCAGAUGAUGGGUUCGAUGGUUAUAGAAUUGGUCUCUGUGGGUUUGAUAAUCCUAUGAGGGAUUCUGAAACCGACGAAGUUAAACGACAUAUUGGCAACGGGGUGAAAUUCAAGAUGGACGAUGGCGGUAACAUCAUGAUGAAACGUGUCAGCAAAUGUAAUAUAUAUGUUAAAGAAUUUAGCAAUGCAGAAACGUCAAUAUCCUCCGAUAUUAUCAAGAAUAAAGGACAACUGGAAUUAGAGAAAGCAGUGAAGUUAUUUGACAUGAAAAAGUUCCAAAAUAAUGUUAGUAGAGAAAUUAGAAGAGCUUAUCCCGACCGUAGAAAGUUAGAAAGUCAGUGCAUCUCUGCUCUAGCAUUUGUUAAAGAUUCUUCAGAAAUCCUAGAAUGUCCUUGUUGGGUAAUGAUAAUAAACAUCGUAGCCCUGGACAUGCUUAAGUCUAAACUGCCACUAAUAUCUAAGAAACAGAGCGUCCCCAACCUAACAGCUGUCUUCGACCGUCCUCGUCUUCCUGUUCCUGAGGAGGACCCAUACAGCGUGCCCCAUCCAGGAAUGUCUUCACGUUCCUCGAAUACUCCACGAGAUAAACCUCCCAAGCUGCCACCGCGUGACUCAUCACAUGUUUCUCUACCUAAGCCCGAUUAUGAUGAUGAGAAACAAGUUGAAGCUUUCAGACUUCCACCAGUACAGUCAUUCAGUCGAAACAAAAAGUCAGAAUAUCCCGACGAUCCUUACUACUGCGGACUCCGAGCUCGUGUGCCUAAUUUUGCCAAACACGAUCAGGAUCAUAUCAAGAAGACUCACAGCGCUGGCUACCUUGGUCUUCUGCGAUCACAAGAACGGACAUCUUUUUCAUCCACUCUUGGUCCCGAGGAACUAAUUUCCAACGAGGAGGAAUACAAACGCAUUUAUAGCAGACUUCGAGCACCACCUCACCAUCAUUAUCCUCCGAAGGAAAUGCACGUCGGACAAUGGGAAUAAGUUAUUCUUGUAGGAAAAAGAAAAUGUUAUCGAUAAUAUAUGAAUGCUGUAGUAGUCACAACAUGAAUGUCAUCGAUCGUGGAGGAAACGUACUAAAAAAAAACGUGAUACCAGUUUUCCUUUAUAAUAUAAGUUUCAAAGAACCUGUUUAGAUAUUAUGUGUUUAAGUUUUGAAACACAAUUUCGAACCGUUAAAAGUAAUGCACACACACACACAUAUAUAUAUAUAUAUGUAUAUAUGAGACAUUUGUAAAUACAACUUAGAAUAGAUAUCUGAAAUUGUUGAGAAACCUUACGUAAUACACAUUACAAGAACUUACAUAUUGAAUACAUAAAUUUAUUAUAUAUACUCACCAAAUAUUCAGUUCUUUUAAAACUAAAUAGGUCUUAAUAAGUUUCAACAAAAAAGUGUUAUCUAUAUUUAUUGACAUUCUAUGAGAGUAACUGAACAACAUAAUUUAAUUCAUGAAGCUUUAGGAGACAAUGCAUGCGUAACUACCAGCUCUGCAAAUAGUAACAAACAGCGCCAUCUCGAGGCUAUUCGAUUAACUUGUUGACAAUAUGGAUUUUUUUUUUUUCAUUUUUAGUCCCCCCUUUCUGCAGUUCAUUGGUAAGCUUGAGGAAUUAUCAUGCUAAAAAUCUGGGAGAUGGAUACCAGUGAUAGGCGCAACGCAGAUAACCCAUUAUGUAACUUUGCAUUUAAACACAAAAAACAAUUUUAUUUUUCUGUGUUUGUGUCUUUCAACGUUCUCUUUGUUUAAACGUUCCAUUUCAAUUUUUAGAAUCAGGUUCACACAUACUGUUAUGUUGUUUAUCUUCCACUUUUUUGUAUAAGGUGUAUACAGACUGUAGUUCCCAGCAAUAUUUCCCAAACAGUCCACAGCAGUUCAGUUUAGAGUGCAGUUUUAAAUAUUAUAAAUUUCAGAUAAUAACCAAAAGUUUGUAACUAUUUUUAUACAGUGUAUCAAUCUAAAAUGAACAAUCCAAACACUUUAGUUUACAUAGGCAAUAUCUAUGUAAGACGAACCAAACCAAAAACACUGGUUUAGCCAGGUGUUACGAAUGCCGACUACACUAGAUAACAAGGAUAUGAAAUAUGGUGCAGAUAAUUGUUCUACCAAAAACACUGGUCUAGCCAGGUGUUACGAAUACUAACUACACUAGAUAACCAGAAUAUGACAUUUGGUGCAGAUAAUUGUUCUACCAAAAACACUGGUUUAGCCAGGUGUUACGAAUGCCAACUACACUAGAUAACAAGGAUAUGAAAUAUGGUGCAGAUAAUUGUUCUAGACGACAUAAGUGCAUAACUUAUGUGGGAUGUAAAAUUUUAUAUAAAUACGUAGAUGAGUAAUAGUGCUAAGGUGAUUUUGAUUGAAUGUGUAUGUUUUUGAUUUGAUGAUUUUUUUUUACUUUGCUUAAUAAAUGUUUCAAACGUU